UUUUACCUCGGUCUCUCUCUUUCGUUUCAUAAAUACCCCAGAAGCCUCUUUCAAAAAGGUCUCACUUUUUCUUGAGUUCUUCUUUUUCAUAGAUCCAGGGAGGUCUUGUUCCUAGAUAACAUUGGCAAAUAUAAAGGAAAUCGAAUUCAAGCGGAUCCACUGAAUCAGAUAAAAAAAAUAGUUCGGUUCAAUCCACAUUAAAUUCUAGCGAUGUCUUUUAUCGGUACCCAGCAAAAAUGCAAGGCUUGUGAGAAGACCGUUUAUCCGGUCGAACUUUUGUCGGCCGAUGGGAUUCCUUACCAUAAGUCUUGCUUCAAGUGCAGCCAUUGCAAAGGGACAUUAAAGUUGGGUAAUUACUCCUCAAUGGAAGGUGUCGUUUAUUGCAAGCCUCAUUUUGAGCAACUCUUCAAAGAGUCGGGGAAUUUCAACAAGAAUUUCCAUUCACCAGCUGCCAAGUCAGCUGAGAAGUUAACUCCGGAGCUGACAAGAUCACCUAGCAAAGCUGCCAGCAUGUUUUCCGGGACACAAGAAAAAUGUGCCACGUGUGGCAAAACUGCUUAUCCACUUGAGAAGGUAACGGUAGAAGGGCAGUCGUACCACAAGACAUGUUUCAAGUGCUCUCAUGGUGGUUGCCCAAUAACUCCAUCAAAUUAUGCAGCACUAGAGGGUAUCUUGUAUUGCAAGCAUCACUUCUCCCAACUUUUCAAGGAGAAAGGAAGCUACAAUCACCUCAUCAAAUCUGCAUCUAUUAAACGCUCGGCUGCCCCUGUUCCCGAAGCUUAAAUACAUUCGCUAGUAUCCAUAUCGCUUUCGUGUUUUCCUUUCGUCGUGAUUGCCGGUGUGUUUGAUUUUAAUUUAUUGCCGGUGUGUUUGAUUUUAAUUUACGGGAGAACCGGAAUAAAACAAAAAUCUGCGUUCCAAAUAUGCAUUUUAGUUUCGGUUCCGCUGGUUCAUCAGCGUAUAUAUUUGUGAUAUUUGAUUUAUCUUAUGGGAUCGGGUUUAUUCUGCAUUCCUCAAGUUGUAAAAA